UAAAAGUAAAUAAUAAUAAUAAAUAAAUCUACGCGCGCUUUACCUGUUGGGCGACAAAACCAGCUGUUCGCUACUUACCAUUCGUAUUUGUGAGAAAGAAUGAAUUGCUUGCUAUUAUACUAGUACCUGAGGUACCAGUCGCAGAGCUAAAUAAUCUACGCGUCACAUUAAAAAAUAAAUAAAUGAAAGUACUAUCACGAGAGCCGAUAGAUACUAUUAAUAAAUGCAACCGCAAAACAAACAUUUUAUGCUGCGCAGAUUUAUUGAGUGCUGAAAAACAAUAACAGAAAAGAUCAAUUAACAAAUAACGGCAAAUGUUUGUUUUCUCAAAUUUUUGAACUAUCAAUAUAUCGCAGACUGUUUUGGGAAAAAAUUUACACACGCCUUUGAGUUGAUAUUGCUUUACGUGUUUUUCUUCCUAAAAGUAAGAAUUAACAACAACAAACAACAACAAGCCAGGACGAAAUAAAAGUCAGCCAAACACUUUAAGAAACGUAUGAAUUGUGAUACGAACAACAGCAAAAGCCAGAACAAAAACAACAAAAAAAAAACAAAUAAAAUUGGUUCUUUGAAAAAAAAAGGAAAAAAUUUAAACAACAAAAAAAAAUUGUGUGAAAACUACGCAGUAUCCUUCCACCAAAGCAAUGUUGACUGGACAAAAAGUCGAAUCGUCUAAAGAGCAGCAGUAAUGAUUGCAUUUUGAGUGGCAACCAGAAGGAAUUGAACAAUUAUCGCAAGGAAGAAUAACAGCAAUAACGUAAAUCGAGUGCAAAUUGAAUGUCCACCACACGCAGCACGCAUCAUCCAUGUCAUAUGCAGCUAUAACGGUUUAUUAAAAUUUAUACUGCUGGUGUUGACGGAAAUAUAUACAUAGAUAACAGACUGAUUUUUAAGGAAAUAACUUGUGCACUCCUCCUCGACAACUGCUAUAUUCUACAUUAAAGCGCGCACACACAUUCCUGUCGCAUCGUCUUCAUCUUCUGCGGUAUUUUUUUUAGUAAUUUAACUUAAAUACACACAGAAAUAUGGUGCACGCACCUGCACGUAAGAAUAAGAAUAACGAAAAUGGUAACUGUGAUUUGGUCGAGGAUGUGCUGCAACCGGUGCCGCCAGAUGGUGGUUGGGGUUGGAUGGUCGUUUUUGGCUCGUUUAUGAUUCAUAUUAUAACCGAUGGUAUGACAUACUCAUUUGGUCUCUUCUACAACGAAUUUCUCAGUUACUUUAAUGAGGGCAAAGGCUACACAGCAUGGAUCGUGUCCAUUAUGGUAGGCGUUACCUAUGCGUCAGGUCCAAUUUCAUCAUCUUUCGUCAAUCGCUACGGCUGCCGAGCAGUCACCAUAGCGGGCUCCAUAAUCGCAGCCGCUUGCAUUGUGGCGAGUAUUUUCGCACAAAACGUACUCACACUGAUUUUCACAAUUGGUAUUGGCACCGGCUUCGGACUGGGUCUCAUUUACCUUCCAGCCAUUGUCAGUGUGACAACAUGGUUCGAAGCGAAACGUUCACUCGCCACCGGCAUUGCGGUGUGUGGUUCCGGUUUUGGUACAUUCGUAUUUGCACCGCUCACCGAAAAUUUGAUCGGCUCGUUUGGUUGGCGUGGUGCUAUGCUUAUUAUUGGUGGUAUUGUGUUGAAUUGCAUAAUAUUCGGUGCACUCUUUCGACCAUUGGAGCCACCAAAGCCGUCCAAAGUACACAAGGCUGAUAUUAUUGAUAAUAAUACAACAACAGCGGAGUUGAAACCAUUGAAGUCUGGUACAAAUGGUGCAGAUCAGUAUUUACAGUUGCCACAAGGCGGCAAUGCGGCACUGUGUCGUUCGAACAGCGUGGGACAUGGUUUCAAUAGCAAUAAUAACAAUCAGGGCGUAAGUAACGGCGUAAAUGGUAAGACUCCUUACCCGACUAUCGCACAAAGCACGAGCAGCACAGACAUGGUACGUCAUCGCAGUCAGCCACAUUUGGAUCAAAUAACACCGCCGCAUGAGAAUUGGGGCAGCGGCACUAUGUAUCGGCCAGAUAUCCUGUAUCAGGGUUCCAUUCUCAACAUACCUGAAUAUACUGCCUCACGACAUGACCUCUCUAGUUCCGGCAUGAUGAAACGCUACGGUUCGGUGCGUCGUCAGAGUCACGCUGAGGAAAUUGUAAAAUGUUGCGGCUGCAUAACAUGCUCCAAGGAGACACACGACACCUUUGUCGAAAUGAUGAAUUUCGCCCUGCUCAAGGAUGCCGUUUUUAUGCUAUUCGCGCUCUCGAACUUCUUCACAAGCAUUGGCUUCAAUGUGCCAUACAUCUAUAUAGCAGCACAAGCAGAAACGCUGCAACUGAAUAGUGCACAGUCUAGUUACCUUAUUGCCGUUAUCGGUGUGGCGAAUACAAUCGGUCGUAUAAUACUCGGUUAUCUAGCGGACAAGCCAUGGGUAAAUCGUCUGUGGGUAUAUAAUGUCUGCUUGACGCUGUGUGGUAUUUCUACGGCCUUGAGCCCACUUUGCACUGGCUUCUAUUCGCUUGCGGCUUACUGCGCGGCAUUCGGUUUCACCAUUGGCGCCUACGUGGGUUUAACCUCUGUCAUUUUGGUCGAUUUGUUGGGCUUGGAGAAGUUGACAAAUGCUUUCGGCUUGCUGCUACUAUUCCAGGGUGUAGCCUCAUUUAUUGGACCACCAAUUGGCGGCUGGCUUUAUGACGUCACCGACUCAUAUGGUCCCGCAUUCCUAAUGGCUGGCAUUACAAUUGCCAUUAGCGGUAUUAUACUCUUCAUCAUUCCACCGCUGCAAAGGCACCUGGAGUCGAAGGCCAAGCGCAAGCUACAGACAACUACGAUCUCGAUGAGUUAGGUGUAUGAGGGAUUGACUAAAUCAAGCGCUGUGCAAUGCUACACUCCGUCUGCUUUAAAAAAAUUUUAAUAUACUUUUUUUUUUUCUAAACGCUUUUCAUUUCCAUAUACAUACAUACAUAUAUUUGUGUAUACACAUAUGUUAGUAUGUAGGUAUAUUCAGGAAGCUUAAAGAAUUUACUAGACGUGUGUUGUAUUUAAUUAAGUUUAUGUUGUCUGAAAUUAAGUUAACUGUAAAUCUUUAUUACACUCAAAGGUAUAUAAAUAUGUAUAAGUAUAUGAAAAAUAGGAAGUGUCCUUUAAGGUAGGUAAGAAACAAAAUAGGGAAGAAAUUAUGCCUUUUAAUAUAUACUAUUGUACAUAUGUAUGAACUGUAAUAUAUACUAAUGUGCAUAGAUAUGUAUAUCUAUUAAUGUACAUGUGUCGCCAUAUUUCAUUCUACGUAUAAGGUUCUUCAUAGAAAAUUGCCAAUGAAAUGAAUUUUAUCAUACAUACGAGUACAAAUGUACAUAUGAUUGUUGUUAUUGUUGAGAGUAUGAUUGGUAAACAAAUGUUAUUACAAAAAGACGUACAUAUUUAGAAAUCUAACAAAUUUAAAGAAUUUAAUAUAUGUAAGUGCUAAAUCAUACCGUUAUAGUAAAACCUAACAAUUAAAGCAAUAAUUUUCUCUCUUCCCGCAAACGGAUUACCAACACUUCCUUUUAGUAUCUAUAAAAGCUCAGGUUAACCAUAAAUAUGCCGCAUAUCAAAUGCCACUCAAUUUUUAUCAUGAUAUAUGAGAACUAUUAACGGUAUUCAUACUUCAAUAAUUCACUAAGCCGUAUAAUACACUUUUCAUUCAAUCCAAGUUGAUCAAAUGAAUAUGUUUUAGGAAA